GAAAGGCGAAAGGAUUGAAUUAAAAUGGCCCAAUCUAAAAUCUCUGUCUAUGUCUCUCCUUCACCAAUCUCUAUCCACUUUUUUAUCCUGUAAAAAAAAAUCGAAGCAUUUCUGGGUGUGGAGGUGCAUUUCCUUCUCAAUUUCAACAAUAAUGGCUAACGUGGCGGUUAUGGCUACAACCAACAAUACCAGCAACAACAGGUGGAGUAUGUCUUCACUUCGCUCUGCUUUGCCUUCUAUUCCUCUUACUUCCGCUUCUUCAAUACGCUUCACACGUCGUUCUUCACCAACGACACUCCAAAUUUCUUCAAACAAACCCAAAUCCUUACUUCCCUCUUUCACCGGACUUCGCUCUCUCUCCAUAUUCGGUCCUUUAUCUUCAGAAUUUAACGGCUUUGAUCAUGGUUUCACAAUUAUUGACAAUGGCGGCCGAGUCUAUGCUAUGAGACACGGAAGACGAGUGCCCAAACUCAACAGGCCUCCUGAUCAGCGUAAGGCACUCAUUCGAGGUCUUACAACUCAGCUCCUUAAAUAUGGCCGCAUCAAGACCACAAGGGCAAGAGCCAGUGCAAUUAGGAAGUAUGUUGAUAAAAUGAUCACUCUGGCAAAGGAUGGUUCUCUUCAUAAAAGGAGACAAGCCCUCGGCUUCGUCUAUGAGAAGCAGAUUGUUCAUGCUUUAUUUGCAGAGGUUCCAGAGCGUUAUGGCGAAAGAAACGGCGGUUAUACAAGAAUUAUAAGAACCCUACCAAGGCGGGGUGAUAAUGCACCUAUGGCAUACAUUGAACUUGUGUAAUUAUUAGCCGCCUCCUAUAUGGGAUGCAAUUAGUAGCAUUCAAGCUGCAAUGUUGAGAUUUGUAAUGCUUCCAAUGGUAACAAUUGAUUCUACAGUUUUUCCCAUGUUUAGUUGUAUUUGUAUUUGUGAGCUUGCAUCUUUUUCUGAACUGUACCUAUGGACAAACAUCCAUCUUUGAUCUGCAAAAGGUUAUAAAUUCAUUUAUAUGUUUUUGGGAAAUAAAU